GCGGGCACGGGUUUAGUUGCCAUUCUCUUUGGUAGCGAGUUCUGUUAAACAGUUGCUUUAAAAUGUUUUGUUUAAUUGAUGCCGUGUAAUCUUCAUAUAGUUUGAGGUCAGACUCAAUGUUGAACAUAUAAUGAACUGAAAUAGAGCACGAACAGGGUUAUUUCAAACCUGAACGCAAUACAUCUCAUAUAUAACAAUCAAAAUUGAAGAUCACGUGGACUAAUAUUCAAAUCAGUUGUAUAGGAAAAAUACUCAACACAGAUCCAAAAUGGCUGCGACAUCAACGACGUCCCAAGAAAUGAUCACGUGCUUCUUUGUUUUCGUUAUCGGUUGCGCAUGCGCACUGGGGUACCCGUCAUUAGGACGAAAUCGACAAACCGAAGAGAUAAACACAAUUCUCAAUGAACUCCGAAAAGAGCUACACAUAAAUUUAAAAGCAAACAGCCCUUCUACAAACGAUAUAAUCUUAACAGCUGCCGAGUUUCCCAGAAAUGUGCAAGCAAACCCGUCUCAGUUUGACGCCAUUUCCGAACUCAGUCCGCAGACGUCACGCGAUCAGCCGUUGCUAUCAGCGCUGCUGUCAAAAUCGGAGCUGGACCCUGCGACCGGAAGUCUGUCCCUGGAGGUCAGCAAGCGCCAAGGCAACUGGGACUUCGACUAUGGUCUCGGAGGCGGCCGUUUCGGGAAACGUGCGGGGUUCGGCGACUACACUCUAGGCGGUGGAAGGUUCGGUCGCGAUGUGGAUCACGUGACACGGUUUGAGGAUGAAGUCGUGGAUUUUGUGGAUCCAGACGAAGAAGACGGUUAAAUAUGUGAACUGCGUAAACCGCCUUUGUGGAUAAUGAAUAGUUUAAACCAAUCUACAACUUUGUCAUGCCUUUACAAGUUACGUUUGCUUAUGCAUAGGGCACCAGAGGAUUAUUGCUGUUUUCUACAUGCACUUGCAAACAUUGCUUGCUGAUAGUCAAAACUUCACGAGUUGUAUGUCCCUCUCUAUAAUUUAUUUAUAUGACAUACUAUUAUUAUGACGUACUCUUAUUAUGACAUUUAUUUAAUUAAUAUAACAUAUUCGUUUUCUGAUUAGAUUAGUAAAAAUAUGCGUUAAAUUCAU